UUUUGGUUGUUGGAUGGUGGUAACGCUGAUGUAGUUGGUAAUGUUGACAUGGGUGGAGAAGAAUCUUGUGCCAACAGAUUUGGUAUAAUAGUAUCAAUUUUAAUUUUUGAUAGAUCAAUGGCUGGCAGACUAGACGAAGAUUUGACGCCAAAUAAACUCAU